CUCUCAUUCCAUCUAAAUCCCUCAAAUUCAUACAAUGAUUGUCCUGCCCAUCUCAAUUCUUUCCACCCUUCUCUUCUCCAUCUUUUUCAUUGCUCGCCAGGCCUUCCUUAGGCAUAAGCGUAGCAAACAUGCAAAACAACUCAACGCUGAAAAGUGCGCGCGUUCUCCCGGUGGUCUGCUGGGUAUCCGCAACUUCCUGGGCCUCAAGAAUGCCCACUCCGGGGGGAGAAUGCCCCAUCACUUCCAACGCCUUCAUCAGCAGUACGGUGCAACCUUCAACAUUGCCGCUUUAGGCAAGGAGUUAAUCUUCACCAUCGAACCGGAGAACAUCCAAGCGCUUCUCACCACACAAUUCUCUGAAUUUGGACUGGCCCCGUCUCGGCACGACCAGUGGUUCCCCCUCUUUGGUGAGGGUAUUUUCACGGAUGAUGGCCGCCUCUGGGAGCAUUCAAGGAAGAUGCUUCGUCCUCGGUUUACCAAGGACCAGGUUCCUGACGUGGAUUGGUUUGAUGUCCACUCAAACCACUUUAUCGAUGCCCUGCCCAAGGACGGUCGUCCGUUUGAUAUCCAAGAGUUGGUGUUCCGAUUAACCCUCGACGGAGCCACCGAUCUCCUCUAUGGCGAAUCGGUGGAUUCUCUCGUCUCGCCUCUGUCAAACCAAACUGGCGUUCCGGAAAUGACCAUCAACGGCAAGAAAGGCUUCGCGGAAGCGUUUGAGCACUCGCAGUUCGUCGUCUUCCAGCGGACCUUCUCACUCGGGUUUCACUGGCUAAUCAACCCUCCCGGGCUCAAAAAGUCGAGUGCCAUAGUCCAUAAGUUUUUGGACUACUUUGUUAACAAGGCACUGGAUUCUCACAAGCCAGAUGCCAAAGAAGAACAAGGGAGAUACUCCUAUCUCAAGGCCCUUGCGUCAUAUAGCAAGGACCGCAAGGCAAUCCGGGAUCAGAUGGUGCAUGUUAUGCUCGCCAGUCGUGAUGACACUGGCAGCCUGCUCGCUUCAUGCUUCUACUUUCUGGCUCGAGAUAAAAGAGCAUGGGGGAAGCUGAAGGCAGAAGUCACGCAAGCUGUACAGGACCACGAUUCCACGAAGAUCACCAUCAAGGAAAUCCAGAAUCUGCCAUAUCUGCGGGCGGUUGUAAAUGAAGCACUACGCCUGUUUCCCCCCGUCCCCAUCAACGCACGCGUUGCGCUCAAAGACACCACCAUCCCCGUCGGCGGCGGACCCGACGGACAAGCACCCGUCUACGUCCAUCAAGGCCAGACAGUCUCCUACUCCGUCUGGGCUCUCCACCGUCGCCAGGACAUCUGGGGCCCAGACGCAGACGAGUUCCGACCUGAACGAUGGGACGAGCUCAAGCCUGCUGCGUGGCAGUUUCUCCCUUUCAACGGUGGGCCUCGCGCGUGUGUUGGACAACUCUUUGCUCUCGCUCAAGCCAGUCAUUUGCUGUUCCGGGUCUUGGAGCGCUUCGACGUUCUCGAGAAUGCGAGACCCGGUCCGGAUAUGGGCUCUCACCCACGGAUGCAUCAGACUCUGACUAUGUGUCAUGAGAAAGCCGUUGAGGUUCGGCUGUGCUGA